UAUAAUUACCUACAAUGGACGUAAUUAUCGAUUUCAAUGGUUACUUUCUUCCCGAUAACAAAUUUAACGUAAAGGAAUAUUCUUUGUUUCACAUUGACAGAAAUACAUGUCACAUUACUUCCAAUGAUCAUAAUGUCUUGAAACCAGAAUUUCGAUGGGAAGAAUUGGAAAGCAGGAACAAAAAAAUGUAUCAGUUAAAAUAUUACAAAAAUCACGGUAUCCACUGGGACACGGGUUCCAAAUCACAUCGCAGUAUUUCAAUAAGUAUAAAUACGCAACUGUCACUCGCUCAUCAUGUGUAUGUUCGUACUUCUAAGCAAAGACAAUUAUUGAUACAUCAUAUCAUUUCAGACUUGAAUAAAAAUAAAAUUAAUAAUAUAAAAUGUUUAGAUUAUCUGGGAUAUACAAUAAAACGUGAAAAAUCAACAAUCUGUAAAUAUCAUGACCAACCAAAAAGGUACAAUUGCGCACAUGAUAAUCUUGUGGCUAUGACUGAUUGGUUAAAAACAUCAAAUUUAUAUAAGAGUGAUUAUCGAUCCAAAAUGCAUAUUAUCAUUGAUUUUAUUGGUUAUCUAAAGCCAGAUAAUAUAUUUGCAAUAAAAGAAUUUUAUAUGGAAGCGUUAAAUGAAUUUUUCAUGACAACAAACACUUUUUACUCAUUACUAAAACAUCCGAUUGAUUUUAAGAAAUUACCGAUAUAUUAUCAAAUUUGUUAUGAAUCUUUUUACGAUCAAUAUGGUAUUCAUUGGAAUUCCGGUGUCGAUCGUUAUCGAGAUUUUAAAAUGAAGUUACGUAAUUACGUUGUCAACUCGACGUUCAUAUAUAUAAAUUUGGUUACAAUAUACCACCAAAAAUGUCAACUGAAUGUUCCAGCCACGAUAGGGAAGAUAAAAAUAAUUGCGCUCGCGAUAAUUCGAAGAGUAUGAAAAAUUGGUUAGAGUUAACCAAUAUGUACAAAGCUUCGUUACGUUAUGACUAUGUGGAUAGAUUGUCAAAUAAAGUGAGGGAUUAUGUACAGAAAAUAAAAAUAAUAAAUUAACUUGUAUAUAAAGUUUAAACAUUUUCAAUCAUCUGUCGAAAGCUCAGAGCUGUAAUUAGAAAUUUAAUAAAAUUUUUAUCGUUUUUUUUAAUGUGAAAUCUUCGAUAAUUUGCUGAGAUCCGUAGAUACCUUUGGGAUCACCGUAGAUCAUAAAACCAUCGUACAUUCGAAAUCAGUGAACUUCUGAGAUCUAUUUCUUAUUUUCGAUCUCGUAGAUCUAAACUGUUUUUCCCGAAGAUCGUAAGCUAGUUGUGUAAUAUAUUAUUACUUUUUCAGUGAAACCGAUUCAAUGAGACAAACAAAUUACUUAGGGAAUAAAAUAUUUGCAAAAUUAACUUUUAGACAAAUAAUUUAAUGGCCAAAGAUUUAUAAUAAAAUAUGAAAAUUCCAAUGUAAAUAUUUAUAGACAACUGAUUAUAUAAAUAUAAUUUAAUAAAAAAGUAGUAAAAUAAUGAACGCUAUUAUAGAUUUCAAUGGUUACUUUAUGCAAAAUAAAUUUAAAGUAAAAGAGUACUCCUUAUAUUUGAUUCAUGCAGAAUCAUGUAAUGUAAUUCAAAAUAAUUUCGAAGUAUCAACAGCUCCCUGUAGUUGGGAUGAACUAGACCCAGAAACUCAACAAAAUUAUCAACGUUAUCAGCUAAAAUUUGGAAUCGACUGGGAUACCGGUUCUCAAGACUACAAAAUAAAUUCUAAAGUUCUAAAUGCAUAUUUGAAACGCAGUAAUAACAUUUUUAUCAGUGAUAAAGAUAAAAAAAAAAUUAUUGCUAGACUAUAUUAGAAAUGAUAUUGAAGAUAAUAAAAAAUAUAAAUUCAUUUAUUUAGAUGAUUUAGGAUAUUUUGCGGAGUCUAAACGACCUACAACUUGCAGUCACCAUAAGUCUCGAAAAAAUAUUUGUGCUAAUGAUGAUGUUUUGAAAAUGUUGAAUUGGGUAAAAAAUUCAAAAUUUUAUGCAGAAAUUUAUCGUGCAAAAAUCCAUACGAUUGUAGAUUUUGUAGGUUAUGAUUUACCCCAUGACGUGUAUGGAAUAAAAGAAUUUUCUGCUUAUUCACUUAAUGUUAAUGGUAAUUUAUCUGACAGUAAUUAUAAGAUUGUUGGGCCGCCUUUUGAAAAUUUUGAACAAUUGCCAUUAGCCUACAAAUUUUCUUAUGAUUAUUUUUACGAUAUGUACGGGAUUGAUUGGACUGCUGGUACUUGCGUUUAUAAAAAAUUAAAAGAAGAAUUAAAAAAUUAUUUUAAAUUUACGACGUACGUUUACGUUAGAAAUUCACAGCAGAAAAAUUUAUUGAGAAAAUUAAUUGGCGAUCUUAAUUGUACAUUUGUUUGCUUAAAUAAAUUUGGCUACAAUGUACCACUGACAAUGAUUACUAAAUGCAAAAGUCAUGACAAUCCCCAUAGAAAUAUAUGUGCACGUGAUAUUUCGCGGAGUAUGACAAAGUGGUUACAAGAAAAUAUAAUGUAUAAAUUGAAAAUACGUAAUGAAUAUUUGAAUAUAAAUUUAAAUUUUGGUGAUAUAUAUAAACGGAAGAAGUAUAAUUUUUAAUAUGAAAGAAGGUAAAAGAUCUACUACCUGAUCAAGGAACUAGUACUCGAUCACUUCCAUGCAUUUGUUUAUCUAUAUUUAGUAAAAUUUGAUAUAUAUACACUCAUGCCAUAAAUUAAAGGAACAGAAAAAUUUUAGAAAUUUUUUUUGUGAUUUUUGCAAGGCUGUAACUUCGUGAAAAAUAAUCGUAUCGAAAAAAAAAAAAAGGCAUAUUGUAGCUUGAAAUCUCUAGUUUCGACGCAUUUUCAUCAAAUUAGGACACGGCUGUUCGUACACAGACUUUUUCAUGUCACGUGUUUUAAAACAAUUUCGUGACUACUAUAUACAUUCGUUGAAUUAUCUGAGUUUUCGUUGUUGGAUAGAUUAAUUAAAUCGUGCAUCAAUGCCGUUCUGAGUAUUGUAUUUUUCAGUGUCGCACAGCAGACAAUUUCUUUUUAGUGUCGC